AUGCUCAAAAGGUGGGGGCGAGGUCGACUAGGCGACGCGCUGCGGGGCGGGGCUUUGGUGACUCCGGGGACUCAGAGUUGAGCUCUGCCUGGCUGCGGGGAUGGCGGGGAGGGGAAAGCUAAUCGCGGUGAUCGGAGACGAGGACACGGUGACUGGUUUCCUACUGGGCGGCAUAGGAGAGCUUAACAAGAACCGCCACCCUAAUUUCCUGGUGGUAGAGAAGGAUACAACCAUCAAUGAGAUCGAAGACACUUUCCGGCAGUUUCUAAACCGGGAUGACAUCGGCAUCAUCCUCAUCAACCAGUACAUUGCAGAGAUGGUACGACACGCCCUCGAUGCCCACCAGCGCUCCAUUCCGGCCGUCCUGGAGAUCCCAUCCAAGGAGCACCCCUAUGAUGCCGCCAAGGACUCCAUCCUGCGCAGGGCCAGGGGCAUGUUCACUGCUGAAGAUCUGCGCUAGGGAACUCCCCACAGCCCUUCAGCCCCUCCGUCAUUUCCAGGCUUGCCAUCAGCCCUCCUUUAAGUUUUGAGCCUCUGAUUUCCAAUUCCCUGCCCCUUCCCACUCUAUCGAGAGGCUUGGUGAGGCACUUCUAGGUUGCUUGGGCUCUGCCAUUAAAAUCAAGGCUGGUGAGGGAACAGGAAGCCUGACCAUCUCUCUCCACUACCUCUUCCCUGUGCUGUUACACAGUGUCAUUGUCAAUGUUAAAUUAAAGUAAUAUUCUUUCUUCUCUCCAAA